GUGUACAAAACUACAAUCUCUCGCGGCAGAAUUUAAAAAACAACCAGUGAUCAGCUGCUGCAUGCACAGACGCCGCGCCGUGAGUUCUGGGUACCCAAACGACUGUGUAUUUAGUGAACCUUCUGAGAUCUGCGGUAGGCCUAUAUCGGACUGAGCUGAGAGACAGGAGAAAUUGGAUUGAAAGUAGAUCUUCAUCCAGGCCUAAAUCAAAUCUCACACACCAUGUUUUCAAAACUUAAAGUCACUCGUUUCAAUGAAAUCACUGGCUGUGCGCCAGGUGUAGGAAGCUAUGAUGUCAAAGAUACGAGGAAAGUUAAAGGAGCUGCAGCAGUGGCCAUGAGUGACAAAUCACAACGCUUCAGAGAAAACAAAGAUUCAACCAGUAGUUUGGAGGACAGCGUAAUGUUCAAAAGCUCCUCGAUGAGUGAACUAAGAACCCCAAACAAGUCCAAUGCAUCUAUGGUUAAAGGAGUCGAGAGAAGAAGGAAUGCCUCUACUGUGAGUACACCACGUCAUCAAGCAGAGAAUGGCAAAAUAAAACAGUUAGAAGCAAAGAUCAAACACCUUCUGCUUCAGGAGACCGAGAUGGGUCGAAGGCUCCAACAGGCGCAGGAAAAAACGGAGAAGCUCGACGGGAAGCUACAGGCCGCUUACAAAGAAAAGGCCCAGCUUCAAGCCCAGUUAGCCAAGUCAGAGAAGCAGAUCAUAGAGCUAUCAAGAGCCAAGGAUGUCCUUAUGAAUAAGGUUGAUAAUCUGGAGAGUACACAUUCAAGGCAUAAUAGUACAUCAGAAGAACUUGAUGCAGCUAAACUUCAACUCAAGAAGAAAGAGAAGGAGCUUGAACAAAUCACAACAGAACUGAACAACAAGGUGAAUUCCCUGCAAGCUGACCUUUGUGCAGCUCACACCAACAUCAAGGCACUCCAGGAAGCCAGGCACGCUUUAGAACUAACCAAUCAAGAAAUGAGAGACCAUGGAGAAGUGAUUGAGGACGAGAUUAGGCAACUUCAAGCUGUAACCGAUUGCCUUCGGGAAGAGAACAUCCGUCUCCAGGACAACCUGAGCUCGGCCAUAGUUCAGCAGGAAUCAACAGAAAACAUGAUAGAAAGAGUCAAGAGAACCCUUCUGGAGACUGAGUCAAGACUGGAUGAAUCUGUUGCUAGUGAGGCAUUCCUCAAACAAUCCAAGUCUGAGUUGGGAGAGAAUUUGAAUCAAGCCCAAUCAACGAUCUCUUCUCUUCAAGAGUGGGAAGUUCAUCUCAAAGAAGAGAUCGUAAACCUUCAAUCUCAGCUAUCAGCAUUACAAACUCAGUUUGAAGAGGAAACAAAGGAAAGGAAAGAUGCCGAAGAAAAAGUUACCAAUCUGGAACAAGAAUUAGAGAGGACUGAGGCCACUACUACGGAGAGUCUGAGACAGAUGAGUGACAAGUACCAGGCACUGGAGACCCUGCUAGCCCAAGCAGAGGCAGACCUAACCUGGGAGGCUGAUACCCACAAGGCUCAGCUUGCUGCGGCCGAGGCCAUCAGCCAACAGAGGGCAGCGGAGUGCGAAGCUUUACAGAUUCAGAACAGGGAUCUCAUACAUGCGUGUAAUGUAGAGAAGGAAGAAUGUGAUCUUCUGAGAGAGCAGUUAGAAGAGCUCACAGUUGAAGAUAAGAAAGAUUUAGAAGGGAUUGAUAACAGGUUGAACCAGCAGGAAAAGAAUAGUGAAGACAUGAAGGAGCUAUGUGGAGACCUUAGCAAACAUCUCAAGGGUAUGGAGCAGGAGAAGACCAAGGCCAAAGACCAGGUCCUGACCCUGGAACUCACGGCCCAGAAAGAACAGCAGAUGCUUGAAGAGGAGAAUAACAAGCUUUCAACCGCCUUACAAACUGAAAAGGAACAAGUUGGUUUACUCCAGAAUAAACUGGAGAAACUGGGCACUGAGAUGGAAGAAGAGUUAAAGGAAGUGACAGGGCUGGAUGAGAGACUACAACUCCAAGAAAACGAGAUUUGUGCAAUGAGAGCAAUCAAGGACCAACUCCAGGCCAAGUUAGACGAACUAAUGCAGGAGAAACUCCAACUGAUGGCAUCAGUGAAGACUAUGGAGGAGGAAAGGGAGGAGGUUAAACAAAACCAUGCGAUCGAAAAGGAGCGACUAUGUCAGGAACUUAACGUUGAAAAGGAGAGAGUUGAUGCAUUGGAAGUUCAGCUGACUGAGCUCAGUAAUGAUUUUGAAGAGCUGAGUAAUAUUGAACAUAGACUUGCCAAACAAGAAGGAACAGCUGAAAACAUCAAAAUGGACAAGGAUAGACUUUGUUCCAUGCUGAAGUCGGCUCAGGACAGACAGGCAAGUGCAGAGCAGGCUCUGGACCAGGCACGGUCCGAGCAAAAGACUGUACAGAGGAGUCUAGAGGAGCAACAACAACUGAGUGCUAGUCUUGAAUCCAGCCUGAAGAUCACUCAAAAAGCUAAAGAGAGUCUAAUGACACAGGUAGAGCUACUGCAGGCAGCCAGGAAAAAGCUCAGUGCAGACUUGCUGGCAGGCCAACAGAAUGUCCACAGGCUUGAAUGUGAAGCAACCUCUGCCAAACAGGAGAGCUCCACCUUACGUGAACAGGUCACCAGCAUGGAGACCACCUGGAGGUCUAGGGUUCUAGACCUUGAAGAAGCCUGCAGCCACCAGCGGGCGGAGUUUGGGCGUCGACUGGUAGACACCCAAACCAAGCUGUCGCAGAGCGAGGCCGAGAGGCGGAAAGCUGGAGAGGAAUACGAAGCCAAGAAUUCUCAGAUGAGAGAAAGGCUUGAGGAGAGGAUUGAGGGUCUGGAACAAAGACUAAUCCAGCUUCAGACUGAGAGAGAAAAUCAUCAGUGCAUGGAUGAGGAGGCAGUGGAAAUUCUUCAAACUGAAUGUCAGAGUUGGAAGCUCAAGUUUGAGGAACUUAUGGAAAAGGUUGCUCCUUUUGAGGAUCAGCUAAACCAAUUUGAAAUGGAGAGGCGAAUGCUGCUAAGUCAGAACGACGCAGCACAGAGUGAGGUCAAUAAGCUCAGUACCGAUUAUGCGAAACUUCUCGGCCAUCAGAACCAGAAACAGAAGAUCCAUCAUAUCAUGAAGAUCAAAGAUGAAAACGCUCAGCUCAAGAAGGAGGUUUCCAAACUACGAGAUGAGAACACCAGACAGAGCCGAAACUUGAAGCAGAUGAAGGAUAAGGUGGAGAAGAUGGAGGGAAAGAAGAAAUUUGACGUCAGCACCGCUUUCCGGCAUGGCAAGGAGAACCAGGCCCAGCCCCUCAGUCAAAGAAACUAGAAGCAUUCCCUUGUAUUCAUAAAAAAUAUUAUAAUACUUAUAGUUUACUUUAAAAGUCUCCAAGCACUCACCAUUAAAUGAAGCAUUAUUACACUGGCUUUGCAUAAUUAUAACACCCCCCCCCCCCCCCAAAUUUAAUCACUAAAGAAUGAUGGGCAUUAGUUCUCAAGAAAAAAAAUCAUUCAGUUUUGAAGGGUGCGUCCCCCUCCCCCCUGCGAUGGCACAGCAACUGUGAACACGUACUUGUCAUAACUAUUUUACAAUGGAAUAAUAAGCGGGAAGGUAAGAGCCAGGUGCUGCUUCAGCAGCAGUGUUGUACGGUGGCUCCGAGUUCCUGGCUGAUCCAGGAUCCAAAAAUGAAUUUUACUAAACCUCUGAUUCAAGCCAGCUAUUCCUUCCAUGCCUUAAUAUUACAUGAUUGUAAUGUCAUUAGAUAUAAUUUUGUUUUCCCUGAAUGCCAAAGAUCUCUUUUUCAACACCAAAUCCCCAAUUGUUUAUAAAGUCAAUGCUUUGUAUAAGACCACUCUUAGAUGAAACAAUCUAUUUUUAUCUCCUUCGAAACAGAGAUUAAAAUUGUUGAGAUAAUGAUUUUAGAGGUUAUACCUCUCCACCCUAAUAAUGUACAGGUAUAAAACCUCCUUUAUUUUCUGUCAAAAUUAAGUGUUCUAUUUAUAAGUACACCUCUUGUAUACUUUCAUAAAAAUGUGUUUGGAUCAGAAAGUCUAUUGUUAAAAUGAGCAGAUAACUAGCUUUUUCCAUGUCUUUAUAUGCCCUCUAUAAAGAGAAACUAGACUUUGUAUCUUGUUAUGAAAGCAUGAUACAAAUAGAUGGAUUAUCGACAUAACAGUAAAUCUUGAAUUAAAUUCAAUUUGUCAAAUUACAGCAAAGUGAAAUAUGCUUAAAUUGUUUGUAAAUGAAAUGUAUAUACACAGAGUAUUUGGUGCAUGUACAGAUGUAUAUUGUUUUGUGAAUAUGUUAUCAAGAAUGUUUUGGAAGGAAAAUUCCAACUAUAUUCCUUUAAGAAAUAUUGUAAUGUUGUUCUGCACAAAUAUUGGUGAUGUGUCCGUACUUUGUGUUAGUUUUUCUUUUUUGUUGAUGUUACGUGUAUGUUAUUCGUUGGAGGAAACGCAAACUAUAGCAUGUAUUGUGCUUCUGAGAACCACAUGUUUCCCGAUCGGUUUGCAUGAUGUAAAGGGACUCAAAAUAAAGAAAAUAAAAUGAAUUAUGGUUAUGUAAUGUAUUUCCAGACCUUUUUUAAAUAACGGAGUCAGGGGGAUUUUUCUUUAUUUAAAGGUUUAUCACAUUCCAAAUAAUUUUAUAUAGAAGCAGGACUUUUCUUAUGCUGAUAUGAUCAGUCAUGCUAGGCUUUAGCCUGAAUUCAGACUCUGACAAGUUCCCAUUUCAUACUUUAUUUUGCACAGCAGAUAUUAGGGUUUUACUCUGUCCAGUCUUCUCUUCAGACACAGUAAGUGAAACCAACUGGUAUCCCUUUGUAAUGGAAAAUAGAUAUGUUGGCUAUAUAAACUUUUAGAUUAAUUCAGUGAAAUUAUUUUUUUUUUUUUAAAGAUAGUGACAUUAUUUUUUUUUUUAAAGAUAGAUGGUCUUUCAUCACAUUUAUGCAUUUUUUUUGCAAAAUACAAAAUUUAUAAAAAUAGAAUUAUGUCAAAUAUUUGUUAUAAUUACAGUAUAAACAUACAUGUAGGGGUACAGUAUAUAUUAUCCAAAUAGAAGGGCUCUCAAACUCUCAUUAAUUUCAGUUAACAGAACAAUAUAAUGUCAAAUGUUGAUACCUAAGAUUCUACAAGUACCUAUCAAUAACAUUAUUGUGUAACACAUUUGUAUUGGGUUUCAAACUUGAAGAUUAUGUAAAUAAAAUUACAUGUUCAUAUAUAAAGA